AUGUCGCAAAGCCGCGGUAUACAGUACUACCGCCAUGGUCGCUUUCGUGUCGCGGGUGGCAUGCUGCCUGACGCUAUCACUGCGUACAGCACCUACGGUGACCCGACGAACCCAUGCAUAGUCUUUCCCACCUGCUAUGGUGGAAGGCUCGAUAGUCAAGACUACAUGAUCGGUGAAGACAAAGCACUCGACCCAACCAAGUACUACAUCGUCACCUUUGCUCUCUUUUCAAAUGGCGAGCCCCCACCUUACAACGGCCCGUACUUUCCCGCUGUAUCGUAUGAAGAUAACAUCCGGGCUCAGUACGCUGUCCUGACCAAGGAACUCAACGUAAAGAAGGUCUACUGCGUGAUUGGCUUUUCCAUGGGUGGACAGCAGACAGCUGAUUUUUUCCAGGCGUACUAUUGGCCGGUCAUCUAUCCGGAUUUCGUGGAGAAGUACAUCCCGAUAUGCGGCUCCGCUCGCACGAGCAUGCACAACAAGUGCUUCAUUGAGGGCCCGAAAUCAGCCCUUCUCAACUCGAAAGACUUUGAGAACGGCCAUUACACCAAGGAACCGCAAUUCGGCAUCCGUGCCUUCGGUCGCGCAUACAGCGCGUGGGCGUACGGGCAGACGUGGUUCCGGGAACAUGGCUACCUGAUGGACGGCCGGUACUCCUCGCUGGAAGACUUCCUCCGCGUCGACUGGGAGGGCGGCUUCCUCGGGACCUGGGACGCGAACGACAUGAUCACGCUCAUCAAUACCUGGCAGGACGGCGACGUCACGCUCGUCGGCAAGUCCUCGUUCAGGGCGGCGCACGACGAUGACGGCUUCGCCAGCGUCUUGAGAGGUAUCAAGGCGAAGGGUUUGAUCAUGCCGUGCAAGACUGACCUGUACUUCCCGCCGGAGGAUAGUGAGAUUGAGGUAUCGCAUCUAGGCGACAACGCCAAGCUCGUUGUGAUCGACUCCGUGUGGGGGCACAUGGCCGGCGGAGGGGCGAACGCUCGGGAUGACGACUUCAUCAAGACAGAAGUAAGGAAAUUUUUGGAGAACUGA